UUUCUGUUCGGCUUCAUUCGCAUAUACACACACAAGGUAGAAGUCGUAUUUUCGGUUCUCUUGAAAUUAAAAUCGUGAAAAUAAAAUAAUAUUGUGAAAUAUAUAAAAUAUAUAGAAAAAGAACAGACAAAAUAUUUAUCACUUGCCAGACGCUGUAUUAAAAGAUUCGACAAACAAUCAGUUACUAUUCGAGUCAAAAAAUAUGACUUCGACUCUAUGUAAAAUACACGUAAACAAUUCAACGGGCGUAUCUUUAAAUGAACGUUUUACUGCCAUAACUACGCAACCUAAAGUCACCGUUGCGCCUGCUCGUAGUCGUAGUCGAAGUGUUGAACGAGCAAUGCCUCGAGUAGACCAAGCUACAUCCCGAGCCAACCAACGUCUGCUGGCCGAACUACAGAGGAAACACAAAUUACAAACUGCUAUGAAAUUGAAACGAAGAAGUAUGCGAACCGUCGGUGGAGGAACUGGAGGCGGAGCAUAUGGGAGAAUCAAACGUGGCAGCGUCAAAGCGCUGCGUGUUGGCGCCAACGGCAAGCCCAUCAGGACAAAUAGCCUGUCCAAUAUUGCAACGAUGAAUGCAGACCGAGAAAUUUUAAAGAGACGUGCCUCGCCUGCACCCUUGCGUCGUUCGAAUUCUUCGGGCAAUUUAGCCAAUCGAUUGGGCCCAAGGCGCCCCGUUGUUGGUGGCGCAGCACAACGUGUUGCUAGAAGACGUAUAGAGAGACAACGAGGUGGCGUUAUAGAUAAUAGAGGCAGAUCUUUGGUUAACGGCCGACGCCGUAGUCGUUCUCGUACUCGAAUUCAAGAGAACGGCGGUCGUGGUCGUUCUCGGUCACGCCAAAAUAAUGGUGCGGCAGCAGCACCUGCACCACGUGGACGCUCCAGAAGUCGAAGUCGUAAUCCUGUUCGUUCUCGCUCGCUGAGUCGUAACCGGGGUCGUGACACAGUUGCCAAGAAAUCAGCUUUACCCAUCAAAGCACGUUUGGGUGUGCGACCAGGGGAAGCUAACAAUGCCCCAAACCAAAAAAAUAGAAAUAGACGUCGGACAGCUAGUCUAUCAGUACGAGGUGUGCAAACGGGACGCAUACAAAAACGACGUAACUCAGCGAACACGACAGCAAGAAGCAACGGUCGUCCACGAUCCAGAUCUAUAACUCGUGCUACCAAUGGUCAAAAUCCACGAUCUCGUUCACGCUCUCGCUCUCGGACACGCAAGGGUCAGGUAGGUCAGACAAGAAAUGGACAAGGACAAUCACAACAGAAAAAGGGCAUAGCAAGGGGCCAAACACAACAGAGAGGAGGACGUGGUCAAGCUCAACCCAAAAGAGGUCGCAGUCAACAACGUCGCCGUGGUAUUAACAGCGCCCAGAAAGGUAGUAACAAUUCCAGCAGACGUGGUCGUAGUCGCAGCCGUACUGGAGGCCGAGGAGGUCAACGCUCUCAAGGUAAAAACGACCCAUACGUAAAACAACAAAGGAAGCAGUAAACAAAGAAGAUCUCGAUAAGGAACUGGAUCAAUAUAUGGCCACAACAAAGACUGAAAAUGAUAUGGAUUUUCUGUUGAAAAAUUAAAAAGGGGCCACUAUGCAUAACAUGCUGUUGGACGGGAGUCAUCAUAUCAAUAUGGACAUUUUUUCGGAUUAGCUCUAUUGAUGUUUUUUCGCUCAUAGUUGUAGCAUUACACAAUUGUCGUAGUUUUAAUUCAAACACAUUUUAAGAUAACUAUAAGGAAUCAUCUUUUUUAAAUAUACCCCAUUUUGUCAUUUAACUCCAUAUAAUUUACUUGACUGUAAAUACACCCACUUUUUAGAAAUGUUCUGUUUGCUAGGAAAAUUACUCAGCUUUUUGAUAAUUUGGUUGAAGAAAGGAGUGUUCAAAUAUGGAAUACUUGAAAUUAAAAUACAUCUAAAAAUGUUAGUUAUAGUAUACUAUACAUAUAAGUUGUAAAAAUACAAAUGAUAAAUAAAAAUUAAAAAACUCAA